AUGGCAGAAGUUUUGGAAACUGAUGUUGUUGUGGUUGGUGCUGGCAUCAUCGGCAGCUGGACGGCUCUUCACGUGGCCCGUGCUGGCCGCAAGAUCAUACUCCUGGACCAGUUCCCGCUGCCUCACAGCCGGGGCAGCAGCCACGGCCAGAGUCGCAUCAACCGUCUGGCAAACUUUGGAGAUGCAGCUCUCACUGGGAUCAUGAGAGACGCCUUUACUCAGUGGGAGAGUCUCCAGCAGGACUCUGGCAGUAACCUCUUCAGGCCAGCAUCGCUGUUGGCACUGGGCCUGGGAAAGCAACGGCAGCUCUUGGAGAAGAUCGCUGCCUCAGUAGAGGUUGGCGGUCACACACCUGUCUGGCUGACCUCACAGUGUCUCAAAGACAAAUACGGGAUCAAUGUUGUUGAUGACGGGAUGGCUGUGCUUGACCCGUCAGGAGGGGUGCUCAUGGCUGACAAGUGCCUGGCUGCCGUCCAGCAAGUCUUCAGCCAGACUCAUGGGAUCAUAGUGGACAGUUGGCCUGUCGAUGAUAUCUUGGUGGCCACUGAGGGGCAAGCUGAAGUGAAGGGACCACGAGGCACAGUGAGAGCUAAUGUAGUGGUCUUAUGUCCCGGGCCAUGGGCUGGACCACUCCUGGCCAAGCUGGAUGUUCACAUACCUCUCAAGGUAGAGAAGAUCUCAGUGUUGUACUGGCGCAUCCAGAACCCAGGCUUCACCACCACAACUUUUAUUGACUUCCACGACCCAAGAGGACACUUCUAUGGACUGCCGGAGCUCGAGUACCCUGGUCUCGUGAAGGUGGUGUUCCACGGGGGACCAGAGGUGAAACCAGAUGAGAGGGACGAAGGAGGGAGGGAUGAAGAGAUGAGGAAGAUGGUGAGUGACUACGUGAGGAAGACGUUCCCCUUCCUUCAUCCUCAUCCAGUCAUCCAGGAAACCUGCCUCUACACGUGCUCACCGGACCAGGAGAUGGUGGUGGAUCGUCACCACAAAAAUAAGAACAUCAUCUUUGCUUGUGGCUUCUCAGGUGAGUUGUUGUGUUGUCUGUAAUAUUUCUGCUGCUGCCUCUGAGGUGAAUAUAUCGUAUCUU